CAAGGAUGUGCAAUUGUGGUGAAAGUGUUGCCUUGCAGGAAGUAGUUCAGCAGUUCUGACAAGUCUGCUGGCGACAUGGUGGGGAUGUACGCAUGGCUUCUGCUCCUCGCAGCACUGUUUGGUUUGUCUUCUCAGGAGGUCACCGACAGCAGUUGUGUAGAUCCGCCAGGUUCACAGUGCAACAUCAGCAAGAAUGACCCCGGGGUCCAAAAGGCGGCGCUGAGCGGAAUCUACACGUUCAACAACCAAUCGAAUGAUGCAUUCCUGUUCAAGACACUGCAAAUUGACGACGCGAAAAAACAGAUUGUGAAAGGCGUCAAGUACAUUCUUGAGGUGCAGAUCUCGCGCACCGUAUGCCGAAAAACGGACAACGCCGACCUGAAAAACUGCCACUUUCAGUCAAAAGGAAAACUGCAUCAGAUCUUCCGCUGUCAUUUUGAGGUGUGGACCGUGCCAUGGCUGAAGAUGAUGAAGACGACAUUCUUUUUCUGCCGGCCUUGAGUGUGGAACAGAAGGGGGGAGGGGAGGGGAGGGGGUGGGUCUUUGACAGACUUCCAAGUGUGCCUCUGGUCAUUCGCACACACAUUUCCUUUCGCAUUGUCAAAUGUAUUUUGUCAUCACACAGCAAAUCCAAUCGCUUUAAGUGCACACCAUACAAGAUGAAACCCCAUCUUACUGUGACUGGAAUAGGGGGGUGGUCAUUUUUAGCAUCGUCUCCUUAAUGCUUAACACCUUCAACGUUACGUGCGUGUGAGCUUCUGUCAGAGGACCUGUUUAAGCAUGAAAAUGUUUCAUUUCGUCCACUAGAGAGAGAGAAAAAAAGGAUCGAUUCAUACAGGAAAAGGGACUUUAUUCAAGAACAGGGUGUACAUUUGCAUGUUAGGUCUACCCGAUCUGAACAAACAGUCACAACGAAACCACAUGCAUUAACCACUCAGUCUUUUUUUAUAAAAUGUAGGUCCCAUGCAUUUUCCGCCCACUCAGGCAGUUCUUUAUUUUUACUGCUCCUCAUUCGCAAUAUAUAAAUACA